AUGCCUCAUUCCGACAUCGACUCGGCCGAGUCUGACAUUAGCUUCGACUAUGAAGAUGACGACAAUCUGGUGAUACUGGUAGAUGGUGAUCUCGCUUCUCCUACACCAGUUGACGAUUACACAGAGAAUGAAGCUAGCCUUCCGACUCUGUGGCAGAAACCUUCGCUGAACCACCUCUCCCUGUGCCACUACAGGCCUUUGAAGCUCGGCUGGUACAUCAUGGAUCAGAUGAUAACCCCAGCGAAGAAGCUCUUGGAGACUCUAAUUGUUGGCCACUCCUUGGAUGAGCUUUUGGUCAUGUUGCAUUAUAAGAAAUGGCUGGUGGAUGAACUCACGAGUGAUUUCUACGAUGACCAGAGCAGGCUACGAGCGAAAUGUGGACUUCCACCUACAACAAAUGAGACUUACCCCAUUAUACACCGUGAUGAGGACUUCAUGUGCUUUAUAUGCUGUGAGUCAGGUCCUAUGGAUACUUUCCGUCUUUCUUGUGGGCACGAGUUUUGUGCUCCAUGUUAUGGUCAAUACUUGUCUGGAUGCGUCAACAAGGGCGACCUUAUCAAGUGCAUGGAUCCACAGUGUAACAUGACUUUGUAUCAUGCUGAUGUUGACAAGCUUCUCGAUUGUAUCCCACCAGAAGAGCAAGUUACCAUGGAUGCCAACAUUCCCAGUGAUAGUGACUCUGAUAGCUCAGAAGAGGAACAAUCUCCCGCCCAGGAGUUCAAGAACUACGAGGUUAGCGUCGUGGAUGAGUAUGACCUUAAUUUUGACCAUAUGGAGUUUAAGGAAGAUAGAUGGCCCUCAGAAAAUGAAGAUCCUCUACUACGUAACCGGUUGCUUCAGACCGCUGCUAAGGUUAACCUCGACGCCACACGCAAACGCUACAAGUGGUGCCCGGCUAUUGACUGUGAACAUUUCGUGGAAUUAUCAAAGGAUACAAGACCAUAUGGCUUUGAUCAUAAGGCCAAUGAAGUAUUGAAACACACGCCAGUUGAGAUCAACUCGGGUAAGAAUGAGAAGCAAAAUGCCCUCGCUCGUUACUUGCAUUACUACAAGAGAUUCAGUGUUCAUCAACAUUCUAUGAAAGGUGAUGAGAAGACGCUUGCAAGCAUUCAUCGUUACAUGCUCUUGUAUAUGAAGUCUCAGACCCAGACUAGCAAAAAGGACGUAUCAUGGAAUGACGCUCAGUUCAUGUCAGAUGCUAUUCGAAGUCUCAUUGGCGGAAGAAGGACCUUGAUGUGGACGUACGCUUUCAUGUUCUACCUCGAUAAAAGCAAUUAUUGUGACAUUCUCGAGGGAAUGCAAGAUUAUUUAAAUGAAACCGUGGAAGCACUCUCAAGGAUUUUUGAAGAUGUGGGAGCAGAGAAGAAGAAGAAGUCUGAGGAGAAUAUCAUGCAAGCUCUUACGAACAAGCGGGUUAAGAUUGUACAUUUAUCAUCUUUGGUCUCAAAAAGACAGCGUCUUUUGGUUGAAUGCGCCAACCACGGAAUAGAAGAAGGGUCUUUGAUCUUCAAAGAAAUCACUUGA